UACUAACGCCUCACCGCGCGCGACAUCGCUCCUUGUCGCCCGCCCGCCCGCUGGCCGUGCGUUUAAGUCGAGUUUCAAAACCCCACCGACUUCUCUGCGGCCUCAUCCUUCACUUAGAAAAUGAACGUUACUUAUCCACAGCGGAAACCUGAUCCGAAUGCGAGUCAGCAAUCCGCCCAGGAUGGCGUGCAGUGCUGGCACGUGGCCGUCGUGGUUUCGCUCCUGGUGGCCAUCUUGGUGGCCAUCUUAAUCCUGGUGCCCAUCUACACUUUAAACAACACGGGCGGCGGAGGCACCCCGGACGUCAUAGGCCACUCAGACAUAGACAUGGACUCCACAUUCGGCAAUGACCUCUUCACCGAUGUGGACUCCUUUGACUACCUGAGCCCGCCUGAAAACUUCCAGAUGGUGACAAACCAGUCUCUGAAUUUCAAUGAAAAACUGGCGCUGAACAUCAUCAACAACUUGGUCAUAGCUGGCAAGGUUGACUUUAAAUCAAGCAACUACACCAACCUGCCCUGCAAUAACACGUGCACGGGCAAAAACAUCACAUGCGCUCAAAGACUCGUUUUGAUUGAUGCGGGUGGUGGUGUUAAAAGCGCGGAUCUGAGUAACGGGCUCCAUGUGGGCAGCGCCAUCGCCAUCAGAGGGAAACUCAAGACAACCACCAAGCGUUUCGUCAUCGACCUGUUGAUGAAUAACGGAAAGGCCUUGCACCUGAACCCUCGCCUUCGCUACUUCUCCGACGCCAACGUGCUAGUGGUCAACUCCUUCCUGAAUAACGUCUGGGGCUACGAACAGCGCCAUACCGCCGCCUUCCCCUUUGUAGCCGGGAAAUUCUUUGAGGUCGUCAUCAAGUGCAACGCCAAAGCGUUUAACAUCACCUCCAACGGCCUCUCCAUCACCUUUGACUACCAAGCAGGCGUCCAACUGAAGAAGAUCAGGAGCAUGCAGCUUGAAAACGUCGACGUGAUCGAUGUCAUGCUGAUGUGACGCGGCGGCGGCGACUAGCAUCGUGUAUUAAGGAUUGUCAACUUUAUUCUAACAUGACUUUAUUUAAAUCAAUGUUGAUCACGGCCGACUGUGUGACUUUGUGUAAAAUGAUAGUUACAGUGACAGAUUGAGGGAAGAAUGACAUUUGAACAUUGAUGUUGAUCUUUUGUACUUGUUUCCUUCCGCUUUAGUCCAAUAAACUGCAUAAAACGUU